CUCCUUUCAGCACCCUGGACAGAGGCAGCGCUCUGACCGCCCGCUUACUUUUUCACUUGAAGUAAAGUCGCGAGGCUGCCGGGGCUCACAGUCACAGGUCAGCUGACGCCGCUGAUGGUCAGACACUUUUUUUUCCCUUCUCCCCCCCACCGCCAACCACUGCCACCACCCUCCACCUCGCCUCGAGCUUUAUCAAUGCGGAAUCAAAGAGCAACUUGAUGAAUAUUCAAAGUCUCCGUACUCGUGCGGUUGACGGAAAGGAGGACAGGACAGGUCGACAAAGGUGCUAUUUUUUCUUCUUCUUCUUUUUUGACGUUUUCCAGAAACCGAGCUGCCAUCGAACACAGCUCAACUCACUCCUGAGAGGAUAAGUCACCGGGAAAGCGCGGGUUUGAAUCCAAACUCAUCGGCUUUCUUAGUGUUUUUUUUAAAUAUAUUAUCCCUAGUAUUAAAUCACAGGCGUGCGUCUUUUCGGUGCUGUUUUCCCUCCUGUUGGAACAUCGGAACAAAUCCAAAAUGCUGCUUGAGCACCCGGGGUCAAGUUGUCAAAACACCGGAAAUUUCCCUCGGUACAGUUCAGGCCAAGAAAUCCCAGUCUGUGCAGGCUGCAGUCAACACAUCGUCGACCGCUUUAUCCUCAAAGUACUGGAUCGCCACUGGCACAGCAAGUGCCUGAAAUGCAGCGACUGCCAGGCGCAGCUGGCGGACAAGUGCUUCAGCAGGGGCGACAGCGUUUACUGCAAAGAAGAUUUCUUCAAGAGAUUCGGGACCAAAUGCGCAGCCUGUCAGCAGGGGAUACCGCCCACACAGGUGGUGAGGAGAGCGCAGGACUUCGUCUACCACCUGCACUGUUUUGCCUGCAUCGUGUGCAAGAGGCAAUUGGCCACAGGUGACGAGUACUACCUGAUGGAGGACAGCAGGCUGGUGUGUAAGGCCGACUAUGAGACCGCCAAACAGAGAGAAGCAGACUCAACUGCAAAAAGGCCACGAACAACCAUCACUGCUAAACAGCUGGAAACGCUGAAGAACGCUUACAACAACUCUCCCAAACCUGCCCGCCACGUUCGAGAGCAGCUAUCAUCAGAGACGGGCCUGGACAUGCGGGUUGUGCAGGUUUGGUUUCAGAACAGACGAGCUAAAGAGAAAAGGCUCAAGAAAGACGCUGGUCGGCAGAGGUGGGGCCAGUACUUCCGCAACAUGAAGCGGUCACGGGGAAGCUCCAAAUCCGACAAGGACAGCAUCCAGGAGGAGGGCAUGGACAGUGAUGCGGAGGUGUCCUUCACAGAUGAACCACCCAUGUCAGAGCUCGGCCAUACCAAUGGCAUCUACAGCAGCCUCAGUGAGUCCUCUCCAGCCAUGGGGGGCCGCCAAGGAGGCAACAACCAUAGCUCCUUCCCCUUGGAGCACAGUGUCCUGCCCUCUCAAGACCAGUUCCAUGACAUCCGCUCCAACAGCCCGUACGGUCUCCCUCAGUCACCAGGGUCACUUCAGGCACUGCCCAGACAUCAGCCUCUCAUCUCCAGCCUGGUCUACCCUGACUCUGGCCUUUCCAUCAUGACCCAGGGCAGCGGGCCUGGGAUCAACCCUGCAGUGAGGGUCUCCAUGGCACCAGCCAACGGCCCAAGCUCAGACCUCUCCACAGGAAGCAGCGGAGGAUACCCAGACUUUCCAGCCAGUCCUGCCUCUUGGCUAGAUGAAGUGGACCAUGGGCAGUUUUGAUUGGUCAUCAACAAGAAAUUGGAUGUUUUUUCUUUCUUUCUUUUUUUUUUUUUGUUUUUUUUUUGUUUUUCUGUGUCUUCUGUUGGAUUGUAGGAACUGGACAGUGAUUGUGUAAAGGACUAGACUUCUGUCCUUGGUUUGGAUCUCACCAAUAUCUGAUUGGUUGCAGGUCCAUUCAAUAUCCAUGAUCUGGAUAAAAGGAAGGAGAAAAAUGCCCUUCCUUAAAAGCACUUGGCCUAAUAGUCCUUCACUAGCAAAACUGUAUGUAAAGCAAGGAAUCUGUCAAAAUGUUUCAGUUGUCACUAUAAAUUUUUUCAGAAAAAUGUACAGAUGACGGACAGAGACUCAAAGUUUAGAUCAUUUGGAUUUCCACAGACUCACUCUCUUAUUCUCAUCCCACUGCUAUCUGUUUUCUACGAUGUGUUCAGGUGCAGAAUUCAGCUCAAUGUUCAGAGUCUUUAAGUGUCUGGUUGUUGCCAAAUGUCUAUAUAAAUAUAUAUAUAUAUACAGUAUAUAUAUAAUGGUUUAUCAUUGUGGAGACUUUAUUUUUAUACAAACCCCUUCUUGGACAUGAAUAAGAACCUAGAUAUGAGGACUUUGUACAUUCUUAAACAGGGAUAUAGGCAAAAAUGUAGAUGUUGUCUUAAAUGGUACCUAGGGGUCCAAUUACUUCUAUGCAUUUGUGUGUUCUCAGAUGUAUCUCGUUCAUUUUGUUCUACUCAAAACAACCCCUGAGGAAGAACUGCUAUUGCACCCGGGGUCUGAUGUAUAUGUUUGUUUAUGUGGAAAAUGUUUUAUGUCUUAUUUAUUCCUUCUGGUAAUGAUAUUGAUGAUGAUGACUCCUGAUUAAAUGACAGGACUUUAAUAAAUUUGUCACCUAAAUCAAGAUGGAGUUCUA